CGUAAUUCGUUUCACUAAUGAAUAAGGGUUCAUUAGUAGUAACAUUCAUGACAAUGUAGUUUGUGAGGAUAAUACAUAGAACGACAAGCAUAUAUAUAUGUUAGGUUCGACAAAUCAAACUAAUGGAGAUCAUUAACUAUUGUAUGUUCAGUGUCCAUUUAUAUUUACAAUUGGUCUUUCACAUUUACUGAAUUACGGCUUAUAUGCUUAUUAUGCUAGUGCAAUAAUAGGAGGUUUCUCAUGUAUUUGACAUCCACACGUCACAAUUUGUUCAUUAGGUGUUGAUAUGCUUUUUUAAUAAAUAUUUUUUUUGCCAGAAUAUUGUAAUUAAGGUAAUCAUCGACAUACAAGUUUAUUGAAAAAAAAACACCAGCUAAAAAAAUCCUUAUUUCAAGGAAACAAAAUUUUAUGUAAAGUAUAUAUGUAGAAGCAACAACUUCAUGACCCAUGCUACGCCUGAUUCGAUCUGACUGAGAAAAAUAAAUCAAAUCUUGUCUGAUUUGAUUUUUAAAAUAGUGCAUAUAUGUUACUUUAAAUUCCAGCUGACCAGAAAAAAAUCUCAAAUUUCUGAAGCAUCAGGAAAUUAUAUUUUUUUUUAAAAUCAAAUGAAUGAUAAGAGAACGAACUUUUGAGAUACAUCGAAUUUUUAUGGUUUCCAUGUCUACACAGUAAAUAUUUUGAUGUUAAUUAGAACACUAUCAUUCAGCAAAUUCUAGAUUUGUUUAGAUUUCAGUUUUCAGUCCAUGAAGGAAACCAAAAGAUAGACGGAUUGUGAUAAAACUAUCAGUUUGUUGAUGCAAAAAACUACAAACAAAUUGGAUGAUAUGAAAGAAGAAUUAUCUAGAACAAAAGAAAAUAAAGGAAAUGAGGACGCGUGACAACAAGAAAAAUGUGAAUAUGAUUAUGGUAGGGCACAUAGAGGUCCUUGAGAUUGUUGAUUGAGAAAGGAAGCGUAGGGCCAAGAACCAAGCAAAGAGCCUUUUACAUUUGUCUCCCCUAUCCUGUUUUCUUCACCUAAUCCAUUUAUUUGGCUCUUCGUGAAAGGGAAAGUUGUAGCAAGUUACUAGCAACGUAUUCGUAAUUUUAAUGAUUUAAUAAACGGAGAAACUCGUUCAAGCCAAAGCAUAAUUUAAUUAUCCGAAGUCAAUUAAAGACCGCCCUCUUUAUUGGUGGAUAUGCAGAAUAAUUAUAUACUCCACGGCAUUAGGAAACAAACAAUAUCCUAUUUGAAGCUAACUAAGAGUUAUAGUUAUAAAAUAAAGGCAUUGUAAGCAUGCAUCAAAGAGCACAAAAACAGUCCGACUCAUUUCGGAUUGUGGACUUCUGUCGAUAUCUUUUACACCGUGAAUGCUGUUUGAGUAUUUGUUUUGUUAGUCUCGGUCAUUAACGUCUCCCAUGGCAUUGCUGUCUUUACAUACAAGAAUUGAACAAGUUGGAACAACAUGGAGCUCAGAACCAGCAAAGUGUAACAAGAGAACACCUAAUGUUAACUCAAUUAAUCGAUGCAGUUAAAUAUUUUUUCCAAGGAUGAAGGUUCCAAAACAUAGUUAGAAUACUGAGUUACAUGAUACAGUUGUGGAGAUUAAGGUUUUCAUUUUAGAUUUUUGGAGAUUAUAGGAGUUCCAGAUAUUCAGUAAAUCUAUUAGUGUUUUAAAUUUAAUUUUUAGGACUUCCAGUAUAAACAAUUAUGUCCGUAAGAGGUUUAAAACAUGGACAUAGCAAAACCAUUUUCUUUAAAUUAUUACUAGGCUACCACACCCACCGAGUUUGUAUAUCGAGAUACAUGCAGUUUAAUGAGACUAUAGACAAAAGAGCUUUUAUUUAAUUUACUUGAAGAAAAAGUUGGAAUUUGGGAGGUGUGAAGAGUUCUCUAAAUGAGGUAAAGAACAACAUUAUUUUUUUAUAAGAACAAGAACGUGACAAGUGGGUUUUGGGUCUGUUUCUGCUUGUUGUCUCAUGCAGGUUGCAAUAUAGUAGUAUCAUUUUUUUUAAAUGACAUAAAUCCAUUUGAUGAUAUAAUAUUCAAAUCUUAUUUGAAUGCGAAGGGUCAAGGGAUUUUUUGUUAUUAAUGUAUGUCCUUUUUUUUUAGUAGGGAUCGUAUUCUGUUAGUUUUAGCAUCACGUAUUAGAGAUUAAUAUUUAAUAAUACACACAAAAACUCUUCAACAUGUCUAUAUAUUAACCUAUAGAAAGCACAGUUUCUAAAUCGUGUUGUUUAUAAUUUUAGGGGCAACAUCGUAUUGUUUAUAAUGUAAUAUAAAAAGUACAUUUGCAACAAACAAAAAGACCUUAUUUUAUAGAUUGAGCGAUCUAUAUAUAUUAGCAAACCAUGCAUGUUUUCUAAGAACCUUAACAUUUGAACAAAACUAGUAUUUAUACAUUUGAACAUAUCUACAACAUAUCCAGCGAUUAUAUAUUGUUCAUAAUAUGCAGCGUUGUGCGAAGAUUUUUCUAUUGUUAUUCAAUCAUAUGUAAAUGUUCAUCAUUAGGUCAAUGGUGAAAACACACGAACAAUAUGAUCAACUAUUAAACUAGGAUAAUUGUUUUUCCCUACCAUAUGUGUACAUGAUCAUGAUAAGUAAGUGAUUUUAUCUUAUUAUAAAUAACGUUCCAAAGUCUAAAACAUAUGAAUAGAAUGUAAUUUCUUGUAGAGCAUGCAAUCACGAAUGACUCGAAAUGCGACGAUAUUUCUCUUUCGAUGCACAAAGUCACAAUAGAAAAAUCUAUUAAACCACAUGAAAUCAAUAAUUUCACAUGCUAUACAUUAACGAUGAACUAAUUAUACUUAUAAUAUGUUGGAGUUUCCAAAAAAACUGCAUCUAUAGUCUUAGAAGACAUAAUGCAAUAUGGGAAUCAAAACGUACAUUAGGUAUAGAGAUAUCAACAUUUGAUCAACCACAUUGAACUAAGGUGUUUGUACAACUAUAAUAUAUGAGUUUUGUUUUAAAUUACUUGCGACUUGUGAAUUGUGAUGAUACCUUAUAAACAAUUUUUACGAGGGCUGACCCAUUUUAAUUAUCAGCUGUGGAUGGAUGGAUGGAACCCGUUAGUUAAUGGGCUUAGAAGUUGAAGGCCUAGCUGAUUACACGACCGCCAGGCAGCAUAUUUCCUUUUGUUUUCUCUUGGAACGAGGUAACAUAUUUCUAUAAUGCACCCCCACUGCUAAACACUCAAAGUGGAUCUAUAUUAUAGGAGUAUUAUUUUUUUAUAACUCAGGAGUAAAUCCUAAGUCCAAAGAGACUCAUACUAAUCUUUUAGGAGCAUGUGAUCUAUGGAUAGGCAUGCACCGGACUUUCAAAAUGACCCGAAAGUAAGAACUUAUAUCCAUGUGUAUAUCCAGAGACAUUAUGCAGUAGUUCUUUUUAGCAGAAUUUGAACUCGUAACCUAGGUGCAUGAAGAAGUCCAUCUUUACAAUUGGACCAUGAUAUUCUGACAUCAUGCAUUUUCUUUUCAUCAUGCGUGAUGUGUAUAUUCUAUCUUUUUCAUUUUUCUCACAUACUCGAUUCUCCUCAUUUAACGAUUUUAACUCAAACUAGAAGACGGUUUAAUUAAGGGUAAAGUUAAACCAUCUAAUCGGCCACUAGAAAUAAAUGUAGGUUUAACAUAAGGUGGUGGUUUGCUGUUAGUUUGGUACAAAGAUUUCGAGUUCAUAACCUUCAGUCUACAAGGCCAUAAUGAGAAAUUUUUGCUUUUAGUAUUGAUAUUCAAAUUGCGUUUCAAGUUGAGAAGAGGUAAUGCUUGUAAACUUACACUAGAAAUAAUUUUAUUAGUAAAAUAAUCAAAUUGUUCCAAGUGAUGUUACCAAAACAAAUGUUCUAAGUGUGAAUGUAGUUAAGAAAUUGGAUGUGUUUUGUAUAUAAGCUGACUUUAUGAAACACGAAGAGGUCUAAUAACUCCAUAAUAUUAAAAGACAAAAAAAUGACGAUGUCAUAACUCCAUAAUAUUAAAAGACAAAAAAAUGACGAGACAUCUUAAAUAUGUAUUAGAUGAUCGUCAAUAAUCUGAAAUCAUGUGUCAAUCUAGACCGGAGACCCACUAUAAAUUUUUAAUCUAUGGCUCUGUAUAUGAAAAUAUCAACCACCUAACUACCUUGAUAAUGAAAUUUGUACAAUUAAUUCAUAGACUUCAUAAGCUAUACGAUUCGGAAACAAUUAUUCUAGUUGAGAGAGAAAGAGUCUAGCUUGUUUCUAAAAAUUAUUAGUUUUUUCGUCAACUAAUAAUCCUGUGUUAUUCUUUGAUGCUUUCCCUAAGUUCAUUUGAAUCUAUGAAUCUUGAAAGUUUCUCCAUGUCUUUCUAUUUUAUAUUAGUAAGUGGAUCAAUCAUAGAUAUUUACUGCGUAAGAAAGGGAUAGCAUUUCUGAUAUAAAUUUCCUAGAAACUUCAAGAUUAUUUUUAGAAACAAAUUGCAUUUGAAGUUUCGCCAUGUCUUUCUAAUUUCGUCAAAUAGAUUUUUUUUUUCAAACCCAAAAUAAGAUUUAUGUAUGAUGAAUAAUUACUUAGAAUAAAGCAAUUUGACAUCUAUCCACUUGUCGAGUUGGAGGUAAAUCAAUAAUCACAAAAACGACUUAAGAACAUACUCAUUGAAGAUAUCUAAUGCUGGUUUCUCAAAAACAUAAAUAAAUUAAUAGUAUGUUUUUUUUUGGGUGUAAAUGUUAAGAAUUAAUAGUAUGUUAAUUAAGUUGAGUAUCUCAAAUUUAUGAAAAAUCCACUUCAAAGUAUCUAAUAUCAUGAAUUUGAAAUAUAUAUAGUUAAAUACUAUUAUGUAUACGUAAUUUACACAUAUAUUUAAGUUGAGAACUCUAUGUCAAGAACACUUCAUUGGACAUUGUCUUAAGAAGUACAAAGAAAGUACCAGUUAAUUUUUAUAAAGUUUAUAAUGGACAGCAAUAUUAAAAGAAAUCUCUCAUACGUUUAUAUAUUCGCCACUUCUCCCGCAAUUCCUCUAAACAAUCUUCUCCCUCUUUCUCAACUACAGGCUCUUUCAUGGAUAGUUGCCUCUCUAAUCAAGCGUCUCUCUCGUUUCUCCCGACGCGUUCGAGGAGACAGAGAGGCGAUAGAAGCGGCUUUGUACUUCCUGCGAUGCGCAAGGUCCAGUAUAGACCGAUGGUCAUGGUUGCCACGGCGGGACAGAACAGCUACUGGCCUGGAAGCAGCCUUAACGCGCCGCUUAAACCCCGAACGUCACAGGGGAGGUUUCUGAUACGCCUGUUGCUAAACAAGCGGCACCUCUUUCACUAUGCUGCUGCUGAUGAGCUCAGGUUGCUGGCAGAUAACCGUGAAGCUGCUUUAGCUCGUAUGUCUCUCAGCUCUGGUUCCGAUGAAGCUUCUCUCCACAGAAGGAUAGCUCAGCUCAUGGAACGUUACUGCAAAACAGCAGUCCAAGACAUAAUGUACAUGUUAAUACUCUACAAAUACUCUGAGAUAGGAGUCUCUCUCGCUCCAAAGCUCUCUAGAUGCAUCCACAAUGGAAGACUCGAGACAUGGCCUAAGAAAGACCGGGAGCUGGAGUCAAUCCACAGCUGCGAUGCCCUUGAGCUCAUCAAAGAACACGUAAAUGCAGUCAUCGGAUUACGUGCCAACUCAUGUCUGAAAGAAAAAACACAGAUACAGAAACUACAUCUCACGAAGGUGUACGUUGCCUCGAUCUUGUGUGGUUACUUCUUGAAAUCUGCUUCCCUUAGACACCAACUCGAGUGUUCCUUACCGGAUCUCCAUGGAAGCGGAUAUGUGAACGGUCCUAUCUUAGUAUCCACCAAGGAGCAUCUGAGACAUUACAUCACAGGGUUCGACCCCGAGACAAUGCAGAGAUGUGCCAAACCAAGGACAGUGGAAGCAAGGAGUCUGAUAAAGAAGCAAUGUUUGGCUCUUUUUGGCAUGGAGGAUAGCGAUGAGACCAUUCUGACAUCGUAUUUGAGUCUGAAGCGGUUGGUUUUGGAAGCUGUGGCGUUUGGGACGUUUUUGUGGGAUACUGAGUUGUAUGUAGAUGGUGCAUAUAAGCUCAAUGAGAAUGCAGAAGAACAAGAAAAUAGAAGUAUAUGAACCAAAACAAAAAGAGAAUCUUCAUGAUCCUUUGGUUGGUGCCAAUCUCUUGAGGCAAUUCUUUAGUGUAUACUGUAUAGCCGAAUAAAAAUGUGGUGGUUUAGGCAACAAUGGCUGGAAUUGACUAGUUAUUCUCAAAAAUAUAUGUUGAACAAAAAAAUAGCUAUGGGUGGAAUGAAAACAGGGGAUGAUCAAGGAAAUUAAAUAAAAACUAAAUUAUUAAUGGGUUUAUGAAUUCUACUUUUCAUUCAUCCAUGCAAAUUUAGAAUCUGGAACAUUUUUUUUCUUAUAAAUCAUUUGUUUUUCACUUCAUUCCAAAAUGAAAUAUAUGAUAUUUAUUAAAUUCACUGUGACUUAUCAACAUUAAUAAAAAAACACACAAUUGGACCUUAACUUGGUGUAUUGUGUGAUAUUAUCAAAUUUGGACACUUAUAUUAACUAUACACCUUAAUAUAUUGACAAGGAACUUAUUAUUCAAAUGGACGGUUCCUCUUUAUUUUAUAAAUUUAAGACUAAAAUCAAAAUUAUACACAUGUAAUAAAAUUAAAAAUGAAGUUUUUCAUAAUUACUUUCAUCUAAUUUUAAAUGUUUAAUUAAUAAAAAUUAAAUAAAUUAUAUAAAACUUAAAAUAUAUAAAUUAUGGAUGCAACUAUAAUUUCUACUAGAUAAAAUUUUGCAAACAAAAAUAAUCCAGCCGAAAAUAUAUUAGGCCAAAUCUAUGAUUGUUGUUCUAUCUAGUGCUUUAUACGAAUACAACUAUACUAGCUUAAUAUCCACGCAAUUGCGCGGAAUGAAUGUUAGAUAUAAAAAUAAUUUUUUUAUCUAUUAUUUUUUUAUUUGUAUUCAUUUACGUAUUAUAUUAUGUAUAUAAUUAAAUUAGACUAAACAAAUAAAUCAAAACAGUACAUCUUGUUUAUUUAUGAUAUUUUUUUUAGUACAUAAAUCAAAAUAAUCAUUUUAUUUAUUUUAUAUGGUAUAUAACUAAAUUUCAGUGACAUGAAUAUAGAUAUAUAAUAUAUUUAAUAUAAAUAUUUAUUAUUGAGAAUUCAUACUCAUGUGAUAAACACAAAAUUUCUUAUGUACAAUUUUUUGAAUAAGUUUUCAAUGCUUUUUCAAUACAAAUUUCGAAAUUAUCAUAUUUAAGUAUUUUUUUCUAUAUUAUGAAUGUCUAGUAAAUGAGACUUCAUAUUCAUACGAUUUAUGAUAAUUUGUAUCUUGUUAUUACCAAAAAAAGUUAAACCAAUGAUCACAAUAUUUUAGUGUGAGACAUUUAACGUUUUUAGUAAUUUAUAGUCAUUUUAAAAUUUAAAAUAUAACAUAUAAGAAUUUUUUUUAUAUUAUAUGGUUAAUGUGGUUGUUUAAUAUCUUUUAAUAAUAUAAAGUAAA